AUGACGUUGUAUCCCAUCAAACUUCCCAAUAAUCCUGAUUUGGCUAAGAAUGUACAAAAAUAUAUGUCAACGAACCCGGAACCAUCCUGGCCCGCAACAGAGUUGCACGAAAUCUACCCCUCCACCCCUCCAACAAAGACGGUGCACUUCAUUGUUGGACUUCCUUCAAACGUCGAGAGCCUUGUCCAAACACCUAGAUCCGGAAAACCGCCACUUUUAAAUAUCACUCCACCGAAGCAAAUGUAUAUGAAUAUCGAUAAGGUUCGAGAAUCGAUGAACCAGUCCGCCCAGACCCUUGGCCAAACGAUUCGUGAAUUGAUCACCCAACCGCGCUCAACAACGUGGUAUCCGCCAGGUAUCAUUACUCCAGAGGUUCUACAAUUUUAUAAGAAUCUCGAUAUACCCUCUAUAAGGGGCAAACCGAAUUUACUCCUACAUAAUCUUGGCAAAGUACCAAAUAAGUUCGUAGACAACCUACUCGAAGGGUUGGAUCACAGCCCUAGAAUCCUUUGUAAUGUUUCCGGCUCUGGGAAGACCCGGUUGCUCCUGGAGACCCUUUGUCAUCAUUGGGGCUUCUACUUUGUAGUAGCUCGGGGUUAUGAUCGCAUUGGUUCUCCAGAUCUUCAGGCGACCAUAGAUUCAAUGGAAUUUACUCCGAAUUGGAAUUACGAUGUGUUCAAGAAUUCUCCUUCCGUACCCCCUUCGACCACUGACAUCCAGAACGCGAGCUCAUCUAACGGAUCAAUCGCUUUCCAUAGACUCUCAAGAAUGAUGCUAUCGCGCCGUUUCGUCUUUGACACGUUCAUCAAAGUUGUCAAGGAGGUCUACAAUGGAGUCAUACCCGACACCGCGAAGCUCGACUGGCUACUUUUACAAAUCCUUCCAGAUAGAUUUCCACUCGGGCAAGAUCCAUUCACAUCGAUAAUCAAUGAUUGCCUGAUUGGAGUGACUCAGGAGGUUCUAGCACAGCUGCACAAUGAACUUGAACCUGGACGCAUUCUAGGCCUUGAUCAAAAUAAACCAUUCCUCCUAGUGAUUGACGAGAUUCAAGUAGCUGGUGAACGAUACAAGACUUCGUUUUCCGAUGCCAGUGGCAAGAAGCCAAGGCCAGUCCUGCGGCCGAUUGUUCAGUACCUCUCCGAGACGACCCUCAACGGUAGAGUGAUCGUUUCCGGUACUGGAUUCUCUCUUGAAAACUUCAAGACUGUGGUUACCUCCGGAGUAGGGAAAGAACCUUUGCCUUGGAGUGUAGUAUAUAAAACUGGAGACUUUGACGUUCGAGAAACGCAGAUGGACUACGUUUCUGCAUAUUUGCCUUCCAAUUUUUUGUCCUCACCUUCGGGUUGUCACCUCAAAGCUCGUAUGUAUGAAUGGCUUCGUGGAAGGCAUCGGUUUACGGCUCGCUACCUAGAAGAGUUAAUCGGAAGAACAUGGAAGGAAUCUUGUCCUGCUUAUCCGCACAAGUUAUUCGAUGCAUACGUUUAUGCGUAUACGGAUUUCAAACCGCUUGAUGGCGACACCGCCAUCUCGAAGGAGGAGGAUGACGUAGAUUUCGAUGUAGCCCCAAUCAAGAUUGAUAGCUUCCUCUGGAACAAAAUUGAUGAGGAUCAAAAGUUAUUAGAAGUCCUCGUUCAAUCGAUGGGUGAAUUCACUACUAAAGGAAAACGACCUGGGUGGUAUGAUACUUGUCAGCAACUUGUGGAAUACGGGCUGGCUCGCUUCAUCGGAAAGAACAUCAAGAUUGGAGAGCCAUUGCCACUCGUCAGCCUCAUGCGUCACUUUGAGUCCAAGAACUUACCCAUCUCAAAAUCCGUUUGGGCACGUCUCCAAACCGACAAGGGAAAAGCAUUUGAGGAGAUUGUCCUUUUAACAAUAACCCGACUCUUUCAAAAUGGCCCAAAAUUGUCUGAUGUUUUCCGUUUCCACGAUCCGAUACCAGAUUGGGCCG